UCAGCAUCAAUUUAUGAAAACUUGCUGCAAACAUUUACAAGUUUCUUUAAGAAAGUUUUAGGUGUGGUUUUGGAAUAACUUUUUAUUAAAGUGCAGCUGAGAAUUACUUGAGAGAGUUUGGUGAUUUAUCUACUCUGAAGUGUAAGGGUUGGAAAGAUGAGCACUAGGAAACGCAAAGAGAGCCGCAAGGUGCUAGAAGAGAGGGAAAGACUUAGAGAAAUGCAAGAGAGUCCGUCUGGGUAUGGCUGCCCUGUAGAAGGCUGUGACAGUAAGGGACACAUCAACGGCAGGUCUCAGAGACAUAGAAGUGCUGCAACAUGUCCACUUGCAAGAAAAAGGAAGCAAGAAUCAGUAGUAGCUACAGACGAACCUAGAGCAAAAAUACCAAAAAAGGAGAUUAAAGAAGAAAAUGACGAUGAUACUGUACUGUUAAAGGAAGUUUCUGAUAUACCAUGUGAACUUGUUAGAGUUAAGGAAGAGCCAAUUACUGAAGAUGAGAAUGGCAGGUUUAAGGGGCCAGAAACUAUUCUUGUAGCUCCAAUAAAAAUUAAAGAAGAAACAAAAACAGACAUUGGGGAAAAUGGUGAAAGUGUUAAAGAAAAUGACAUAGAUGCUUUACGACGGAUUGAACAAGAGUGUGCAAGAAUACAAAGUGAGAAUAGUGUAGGUAAUGUAGAGUCAGAAAUGGAUACCAUACUGAGUCCGGUAGCUAUACAACAACAGAUUCAGAACGUUAUUCGUGGGGAUAAUGUAAACAUUACCAACAAAUUUGGAAACAAAGUGGAAGUUGUGAACUUUGCAAAACCAGCUGCACAACUGAAUCACCAGGAAAAGGAUAAGGAAAAUAAAAACUCAGCUGAAAUAGGACUUGAAAUGAAUGUAACAGGAAAUAAUGAACCUAAGUGUACUCAAAAUAUAUUAAAAGACGGACAAGAUGAAGUGGUAAGACCAGGGCCAAGUGGUACCUUGAGCUUAACUGAAUCUUCAGCAAGUGCUAAAAAUGUUGAAGAGUCGUCAAAUGGUUCUCGGAUCAUCGUGAAACAGGAUCUGAAUGAUGACAGUGAUGAUGAUGAUAUGGAUGAUGGCGGAGAGUACAUGGUGCUAGCCGAGUGGACAGAUGGAAAGCUAGAGGAGGCAGGAUCAACAACAGCGGAUAAAGAGAAUGAUAAAGACAAAGAACAGACUGCCUCAAAAUGGACAAAGUGCCCUACUCCAGGAUGCACCGGUGAAGGUCACAUUACAGGGCUAUAUACACAUCAUAGAAGUUUGUCAGGAUGUCCGAACAGAUCAGAGGUUUCACAAGAAAUUGUGAAUGCCCACGAGUCAAGUCUCAGGUGCCCGACACCAGGAUGUAGUGGUAGAGGUCAUGUGAACAGCAACAGAAGUAUGCAUAGAAGUGUGUCAGGAUGUCCUAUUGCUGCGAUGGGAAAGUUGCUGGGAAGUGAUGGUGGACGAAGGAAAGCAAAUUACCACCUAGUCGUUCUACCGAAGCAAGACGACUCGGCUAAGGCCAUCUUGGCCGCUUGUACAGAAAAACAGCUAAUCAAAUUAGCCGCAAAACAAUUGUUCCAGACAUCGGACUACUUAAAGAAAUCUGCAUCAGAUAGGGUUCUGCGACCGAUGAUUCUUACAAAACAGUUGGACUUUGCAUCAGGGUCGUCAAUCACAACACCAAGGAUAAACCUGGUGAAAGAACUGGAAAAAUAUAAUCGCCAGAAUCAGGAGAUUGCAAAGCAGAAGAGUGAGUCUGAAAUAAAGCCCAGUGUGCAGACGUUAUCUAGUGAUGAAGCUGACGACAAACCGGCCACUCCAGCUAUAGUACGAUCGGUGUCAAGGCCAAACAUUUUGAGCAGACGACCCCGUAAUCGUCCUCAGCAGCGUUCAUCAUCACUUGAUUCAGCAUCAUCAGGUGCUUCAUCAUCAAAGUCAAUAGCAACAUCAUCAACUGCAUCAUCAGUGUCAUCAUCUAAAACAACUUUUUCUGCGUUAACCUCGAGAAUUUCAUCUUUAGUAGAGAAAAAUUUGGAUAUAGUGAAACCAGAUCCAGAAUUAAUGAGAAAGGGUCCAGAAGUGCGAUUUUUUACAGGAGAGAAUACACCAGUUAGUGCUGCAGCCGUUCUGACCAUUCCAAAUCCAUCAUUUUUAGGAAAAUCUAGUGAAUCUUCAAAACAUUCUAGUUUAGUGUCAAAUUCAGAAGCAGUCAAUUCUGCUAUUACUAGUAUACCCGCGUAUACUAACGCGAAUCAGUGUCAGAUAAGUUCUGAUACAAAUGUAACAACUGAACCAAUUUUGCAGUCAGGAAAGGCUCAAGUUACACAAAAAUCAAAUAAUACAAUGAUUGUAGGUAAUGUGCUGAAGACUUCAGUGGUUACAGAUCCGACAACUCUACCAGUUCUGAUGCCGGUCGCCACUAACAAAGCGUUCCCAGCUAGCCCUGAUGACAUUGUUCUACCAGCAGGCAAAGGGUAUGUUGUUUUUAAACCUAUGGGAAAUCUUCCAAAAGACUGUGUUUAUACAAUUGAGUCAUCUACUGGCCUCAUUAAUGCUGUUGUUGACCCAGGAAAAUUUGUAAAACCCGCUGGCCCGGCCCCGAAAACUGUUACUAGUUUCGGUCCGAAGAAAAUUCUCCCCAAGACAGGCUUACCUGUAGCUACUGAAACAAGCAUGUCUGCUCAGAAUUUAAAUCAAGCAAUUCAGUCUGGGAACCAACCCACUGCACUUCCUGUUCGGAGUAAUGGAGAUACUAAAAUUUCUGGAGAAUCUGAGAAGUUACAGAAAGCGGCAUUAAACCCAGAUGUUCAGUCUAAGCUUAAGAAACAUAUUCACAUUGAAGACAAAACAACUGUCAAGGAGAAUUUGAAUUUAAUGGGUAAUUCAGUUGCUAGCACCUCGAGUUCUGUUGUAGUGCCGGUAAUUACCAUGGGUAAUAAACAAGUGUCUUAUUCCAGAAAAGAAUUGAGAGCUAACACACUUGUUGCUUCAGGGGUUACUCCACAAGGUCAGCGAGUACCUGUGCGGGUUUUAGGUUACACUACUCCACCUGGCUAUUGUGGGUCAGAAUCCAUGUUUCCAUCUCUGAUGAGUAAACCAGUCAUUACAUUAUCAGCUGUCACUUCCUCUGGCAACCCUUCACCCGCUAUUGUGUCAUAUGUAAGUAUUACCCCACCUGUUUCUGUUAUUUCCCAGAGUUCCCCUCAAAGUUCCACUCAAAGUUCUCAAAGUUCCACUUUAAAAAAGAUUUUCACUGACCCAACAGAAAACCUAAAACAAGAACAUAAUACCCUAAAUGAACUUAAACAUCGAACAAAAACUGUCCAGUCUCCCUCUACAGAUACAGCCGUCACUGCCACAGUAGCUUCUGGAGACAACGUGAACACCUCUACCCCACAGCUUGAUCCAAGGUUACGGCCGAGUUCACUCCCAACGGUCCUUCCAACUGUUCUCACUGAAGUACGGCACCAUGGUUGUCAGACAGAUACUGCUCAACCCAUAAAAAAUAUUGUAUCCAAAACUAUGGUAUAUAAAGUAUUUCCGGGGUCCCCAACAACCUCAAUCCAGGUAGACCCAGAGAAGGUACCAGUAGAUGAUUCACUUGGGAACACAGUGAUCAGUACGUGAAUUGACCUGCCCAACCAUUUGUCUCUCAAGAUUAGAGAAUCUUUUCAGUGAUUUGUUACACCCAGUCUGUGUAUAUUUAGAUUCUCUGACAUACAUGUUGUGUGAGGAUCAUACAUUAUGAUAGCUGUUUUACCUGUUAACAGUGACUGUCUUGUCACCCAGACUGAAGUUAAGUCUAUCAUUCUAGGUCCUGUUUUUAUAGACAUUGUUAUAGAAUUACAUUAGUUGUUAACAGUUUGUUUAAGUUUUUAUUGAACCUUGCCUCACAGGAAUUUGAGGGGGAAAUCUCAAAACACUCUGUAGAUGGAAUCCAUCCAAUGUGAAAAAAAAAUCAUUUUGUUCACGAUGAUAGUGUGUAAGUGUCAUGUUUCUCUGGCAUGGGAUUGUCAUGUACAAACAUAUCCUGUUUUGUAACGUUUUGAAACAGCAAUAUUUAACUGUAACUUUAUCCAUCAACAAUGCUGUCAGUAGAUCAAGAAAGGUUGAACAGCUUGUUGAUUUCAAGCCUUGUCCCAGAAAAUAAAAAUUUUCCUUACUACUGUUUAGUUCCUAUUCUGUACAGUUUACUGCUGUUCAGUUCCUUACUACUGUUUAGUUCCUUACUACUGUUUAGUUCCUAUUCUGUACAGUUUACUGCUGUUCAGUUCCUUACUGCUGUUCAGUUCCUUACUACUGUUUAGUUCCUAUUCUGUACAGUUUACUGCUGUUCAGUUCCUUACUACUGUUUAGUUCCUUACUACUGUUUAGUUCCUAUUCUGUACAGUUUACUGCUGUUCAGUUCCUUACUACUGUUUAGUUCCUAUUCUGUACAGUUUACUGCUGUUCAGUUCCUUACUACUGUUCAGUUCCUUACUACUGUUUAAUUCCUAUUCUGUACAGUUUACUGCUGUUCAGUUCCUUACUACUGUUCAGUUCCUUACUACUGUUUAGUUCCUUACUACUAUUUAGUUCCUUACUACUGUUCAGUUCCUUACUACUCUUCAGUUACUUACUACUGUUCAGUUCCUUACUACUCUUCAGUUACUUACUACUGUUUAAUUCCUAUUCUGUACAGUUUACUGCUGUUCAGUUCCUUACUACUCUUCAGUUACUUACUACUGUUUAAUUCCUAUUCUGUACAGUUUACUGCUGUUCAGUUCCUUACUGCUGUUCAGUUACUUACUACUGUUUAUUUCCUUACUACUAUUUAGUUCCUUACUACUGUUCAGUUCCUUACUACUGUUUAGUUCCUUACUACUGAUCAUUUUAACUACUUUUCAGUUCCUUACUACUGUUUAAUUCCUUACUACUGUUAAUUGUGAAACAGUCGUUGUUUACUUCAGUCAGAUUGAAAGAAAUCAGGAUAUUAAUUGUUGAAUUAAACUGAAUUUUUGAGCAAAUGUACAAUAUUGUGACUUUGAUGAAGUGUGAUCUAAGAUAAGUCAUGUUUCCUUCAUGGUUUUUGUUCCAAUUUACCCAAACACCAAGUUGUUUUUCCUCAAAUAAGCGCUUUCUUGUCUUACGAGCAGACUGUGUCAGUAAUUAUGUCCGCCCCACCCCCAACCACUUUGGGAGACAUAUUGUUUUUGCCCUGUCCGUCUGUCACACUUCAUUUCCGAUCAAUAACUGGAGAAUCAUUUGACCUAGAACCUUCAAACUUAAUAGGUUGGCAGGGCUUAUGGAGUAGACGACCCCUAAUAUUUUUGGGUUCACUACGUCAAAGGUCAAAGUUACAGGAGCCUGAACAUGGAAAACCAUUUCCGAUUAAUGACUUGAGAACCACUUUACCCAGAAUGUUGAAACUUCAUAGGAUGAUUGGACAUGCAGAGUAGGUGACCCCUAUUAAUUUUUGGGUCACUCUGUUAAAGGUCAAGGUUACAGGGGCUUGAACAUGGAAAACCAUUUCCAGUUCAUAAAGAGAACCACUAGGCCCAGAUUGUUGAAACUUAGUGGGUUGAUUGUUCAUACCAAGUAGAUGAUCCCUAUUGCAGCCAACCAUCAGUGUCUCUUUGAUUUUCGCUCCUGUCCCCUAUAGACUUUUUGCCUAUACAAGUAUGCAUUGGGGGAAGCAUUUUCUGCAAAAGCAUCGUCUAGUUGGAGAUUAGGUCAGAAGUUGAAUCUAACAUUCCUCCAAAUUAAGAUUCAGGGUAUAUUGCCUUUCUGACAUAGAAUAAUGUAAAUGUCUGCUAAGAAAUGACUUUGAUCAGUCACAAACCCUAUUCAUGCUGGAGAAGAUUCUGCCUUUGCAACCAGUGUAGAUCAUGAUAAGACUGCACGGAUCAGGCUGAACAUGAUAUACACUGUUCGCCAUUCAGACAGUGUUUUUGGUAGGCACCCCUUUUAACAUUUAAUGGUACUAUCAAAAUUGAAAGAUGGACAAGUUCAUUAUAGAAAUUUAGCAGGGUUAGGGCUAAUGUUCUACCUGUUUUACUAUUUAAUGAAAUUUGCCAUGAUUGCAUCAUUUUUGCUGUUCAUUACCUCCUCUCUCAAUUCAAGUGGGACACUGGCAAGAAAAAACUGGUUAAAGAGUGCAAAUAUUACAUGUCUUCUAAAUCAGUGUGACCUAUAGAUAGGAGAUACCUGUUCACGUUGUGUCUGAUUUAUUUUUUAAAAUGAUGAACAAUUGAUAUUUUAAUUAGUAUAAUGAAGAUUUUCAACUGAAGUCUUAAUUGACUGGUAUUGAUAGAAUUUAGCCAUCAGAAAUAUGUGUUAUAGGUAGUUUUAUCAAUUGUAAUUGGUGUAUUGAUCAAGAAUUGUUAGUGGGAAUUAACUUGUAUAAACCAGGUCUUUGAUUAAUUGUUUUUAGCUCACCUGUCACAAAGUGACAAGGUGAGCUUUUGUGAUUGCGCGGCGUCCGUCGUCAGUCCGUGCGUACGUGCGUAAACUUUUGCUUGUGACCACUCUAGAGGUCACAUUUUUCAUGGGAUCUAUAUGAAAAUUGGUCAGAAUGUUCAUCUUGAUGAUAUCUAGGUCAAGUUCGAAACUGGGUCAUGUACGGUCAAAAACUACGUCAAUAGGUCUAAAAAUAGAAAAACCUUGUGACCUCUCUAGAGGCCAUAUAUUCCACAAGAUCUUCAUGAAAAUUGGUCAGAAUGUUCACCUUGAUGAUAUCUAGGUCAAGUUCGAAACUGGGUCACGUGCCAUCAAAAACUAGGUCAGUAGGUCAAAUAAUAGAAAAACUUUGUGACCUCUCUAAAGGCCAUAUUUUUCAUGGGAUCUGUAUGAAAGUUGGUCUGAAUGUUCAUCUUGAUGAUAUCUAGGUCAAGUUCUAAACUGGGUCACGUGCGAUCAAAAACUAGGUCAGUAGGUCUAAAAAUAGAAAAACCUUGUGACCUCUCUAGAGGCCAUAUUUUUCAAUGGAUCUUCAUAAAAGUUGGUCAGAUUGUUCAUCUUGAUGAUAUCUAGAUCAAGUUCGAAACUGGGUCAAGUGCGGUCCAAAACUAGGUCAGUAGGUCUAAAAAUAGAAAAUCUUUGUGACCUCCCUAGAGGACAUAUUUUUCAAUGGAUCUUCAUGAAAAUUGGUCAGAAUGUUCAUCUUGAUGAUAUCUAGGUCAGCUUCGAAACUGGGUCACAUGCGGUCAAAAACUAGGUCAGUAGGUCUAAAAAUAGAAAAACCUUGUGACCUUUCUAGAGAACAUAUUUUUCAAUGGAUCUUCAUGAAAGAUGGUCUGAAUGUUCACCUUGAUGAUAGCUAGAUCAAGUUUGAAAGUGGGUCACGUGCGGUCAAAAACUAGGUCAUUAGGUCUAAAAAUAGAAAAACCUAGUGACCUCUCUAGAAGCCAUAUUUUUCAAUGGAUCUUCAUGAAAAUUGGUCAGAAUGUUCACCUUGAUGAUAUCUAGUUCAAGUUUGAAAGUGGGUCACAUGCGUUCAAAAACUAGGUCAUUAGGUCUAAAAAUAGAAAAACCUUGUGACCUCCCUAGAGGCCAUAUUUUUCAAUGGAUCUUCAUGAAAAUUGGUCAGAAUGUUCACCUUGAUGAUAUCUAGGACAGGUUCGAAAGUGGGUCAUGUGCAGUCAAAAACUAGGUCAGUAGGUCUAAAAAUAGAAAAACCUUGUGACCUCUCUAGAGGCCGUAUUUUUCAAUGGAUCUUCAUGAAAGUUGGUCUGAAUGUUCACCUUGAUGAUAUCUAGGUCAAAAUCGAAAGUGGGUCAUGUGCGGUCAAAAACGAGGUCAUUAGGUCUAAAAAUAGAAAAACCUAGUGACCUCUCUAGAGGCCAUACUGUUCAGGAGAUCUUCAUGAAAAUUGGUGAGAAUGUUCACCUUGAUGAUAUCUAGGUCAAGUUCGAAACUGGGUCAUGUGCGAUCAAAAACUAGGUCAUUAGGUCAAAUAAUAGAAAAACCUUGUGACCUCUCUAGAGGCCAUACUUUUCAUGAGAUCUUCAUGAAAAUUGGUGAGAAUGUUCACCUUGAUGAUAUCUAGGUCAAGUUCGAAACUGGAUCACGUGCCUUCAAAAACUAGGUCAUUAGGUCAAAUAAUAGAAAAACCUUGUGACCUCUCUAGAGGCCAUAUUUUUUCAAAUGAUCUUCAUGAAGAUUGGUCAGAAUUUUUAUCUCGAUGAUGUCUAGGUCAAGUUCAAAACUGGGUCACAUGAGCUCUAAAACUAGGUCACUGUGUCAAAUAAUAGAAAAAACGAUGUCAUGCUCAGUUCAAAACUGGGUCAUGUGGGGACAGGCGAGCGAUUCAGGACCAUCAUGGUCCUAUUGUCUAAGAUAAAUUUCAGUGUGGCUUUGACCUUAUAAUUUUUAAGUAGACAAAUCUGUUAUGUUGAAAUUCUUUGUGUCACCUGUUAAAGUAAAGUUGACAAUUGCCUGAUGAUGAAAGAUAAGUUUUACAUUUUUACACAGAAUUUACAAUCCUGCAGAGCCAGGAAUGUUUUGCUGUAAUAGUUUUGAGUACUGUAAAAGCACAUAUUUUUGCUGGGUCAAAUUUUCACGCAUUUAAUAUUUUGAGUAUGUUCGCGAGAUAUAAUAUUUGCGAAAUAGUAUACUUUAACUCAAGGUGAAUAUCUAUGCUAUGAUUAAUUUUCGCGAGAUGUAGGGCCUGGCGAAAUUAAACCCCUGUGAAAAUUUCUGCUUUUACAAUAGUUCUUGUGUUUUUCUUACCUUAUAUAGACAUAGUGUCAGAUUUGUUAGAUUUUUACAUGAAUUUUGAUAAAUGUACAAAAAGUACCUUUUAGUACUUAUAUACACUGUUACAUUGCAAAAAGGUCAUCUGCUUCCAAGAUGAUGACAGAAUUGCAUUCAACUUUGGGUUGUAUUUUUAGCUCGACUAUUCAAAGAAUAGUCUAGCUAUUCUACUCACCCUGGCGUCGGCGUCGGCGUCACACCUUGGUUAAGUUUUUGCAUGCAAGUACAUACAGCUAUCAUUUAAAGGCAUAUAGCUUUGAAACUUAUUUAUUCUUUUUCUAGAUCAAUUACCUACCUCACUGGGUCAAGUCCCAUAACUCUGACAUGUAUUUUGAGCAAAUUAUGCCCCCUUUUGGACUAAGAAAAUUCUGGUUAAAGUUUUACAUGCAAGUAACUAUCUCCAAAAUUUCUACAGAUAUUAAAUUGAAACUUCACAUGUGUCUUCGGGGUUAUAAAACUAGUUGAUAGCACCAAGUCCCAUAACUCUGACAUGUAUUUUGGGCAAAUUAUGCCCCCUUUUGGACUUAGAAAAUCCUGGUUAAAGUUUUGUGUGCAAGUACAUACAGCUAUUACCAAAAGGCAUAUAGCUUUGAAACUUAUUUAUUCUUUUUCAAGGUCAAUUACCAACCUUACUGGGUCAAGUUCCAUAACUCUUAACAUGUAUUUUGACCAAAUUAUGCCCCCUUUUGGACUUAGAAAAUUCUGGUUAAAGUUUAACAUGCAAGUUACUAUCCCAAAAACUAAUGCAGAUAUUGAAUUGAAACUUCACAUGUGUCUUUGGGGUUAUAAAACUAGUUGAUAGCACCAAGUUCCAUAACUCUGACCUUCAUUUUGGCCAAAUUAUGCCCCCUUUUGGACUUAGAAAAUUCUGGUUAAAGUUUUGCGUGCAAGUACAUACAGCUAUUACUAAAAGGCAUAUAGAUUUGAAACUUAUUUUUUCUUUUUCUAGAUCAAUUACCUACCUCACUGGGUCAAGUCCCAUAACUGACAUG